CAAUAAAGACAAAGAUAGACCGAAUCAGUGUGUAGACAAAUCACCACUGUUAAAUAUAUAUAGCACACAAAAAGUCAGAUUUAUUAAUCAUUUUGCCUUGAAUAAAGGUAAAAAUAUUAAUGGAUUUGAUUUCUGUCAAGGAAAAGGAUCAAUUAUGCGUAAUAUUGGAGAUUUAAAAAUGUGUAAAAUACAUAUGCGUUCUCCGACUAUCUAUCUUCCGAACCAUAAAGUUUCUCCUUGGUCUGAUUUGAGCAAUUCGUGCUUAUUUACGAAUCAAAGAGACGAGAUAAAGAUUCCAAAAGAUGACAGUGUACGAAUCCAUAUUCCAGUUGCAACUGUACAAUACACGUGUAAAGCAACAAACGAAUUUAUUCAGGAUGUUAAAAGUGUACUUAGUAUUUCAAACCCGUCAGAAGUUAAAAGGAAAUUGGAGAUGACAUUUAAUUAUUAUAGUAACUACGUGGUUACAAAGGCCACAAUUGGCGGUGCUAUUACAAUUAGAGAUUGGUCAAAAAUCUCUAAUGAAAGCAAAUCACAUUUAAUGUGUUAUAUUCAAUGGGGAGUUGAUUAUGUGAAAGGGAAUGCAUUAAAUAUUUUUGAAGAUGUACUACUUGAUAAACUACCACGGCUUGAAACUUCAGCCAAUAUAGAAACUAUUAAAGAUCUAUAUAAUUGGUUUAAGAGCUUAUAUGAUUGCAAAUUUUUAGAAAUCAUAUCAUACGAUGAAUUUAUUCCAUCUUAUGAACUAUUACCAGAAGAGUUACAACAACAAUUACGUGAUGUUAUUGGGUUUAAAUUAGUUGAAAGUUUCCCUCGCUUGACAUUAAUUCCGAAUCUUCUUACUGGAUACGAUGCGCAAGAUAUUCUAGAAUGGAUAAAAUUAGGACCGCUACAUAACUUAUAUCUUUGCAAUUGGGUCUAUGAUAAUGCAUUACAACAUGGUGUAAUGCUCCAGCGUUCAAAAUUAAGACGUGGUCAAAAGGCAGCAUUUAAAUUUAUAAAAGAGCCUAGAAUAACGAAGGUAAAUGAAAUUAUUAUUGUACUAUCACAACCAGAAACCGAUGAAGAGGCCUAUAUGUUAGAGAAUGGAAUAAUUUUAAACGAUGAAUUAGAGCUUGAUAAAAUUGGUUUUGCAGAAUAUAGUUCAGCACUUAAUGUUCCUCUGGAGGAUUUCAAACGUUCUAAAAAUAAACAUUCUAAUGCAAUUUAUUGUCAAGUUAUUUUUCGUGCGAUUAAUAUUUCUUUUGAUCAUUCAGAUAUUAAAUGUUUACAAGAAUUUACAGAUGAAAUAAAUUCAGAACUCUGUAGCAAAGAGCCAUUUAAAAAUCUUUGCAGGUUGCUUGGGAACGAUUACGGACAUUUAUUGCCAAGAACUUUUAUGUUAGGUGGAGUCUUAUCAAAAAAAUACGUAACAGAUUAUAAUCCUACAAACAUUCAGAAACGAGAAUUCAUAUUUAAUGGAGAUCAUCCUAAUGCGCUUCAAGAAAUUGAGAAUCAUUUAAAGGCAUGGAACAUUGAAUAUAAAGAUAUCGACACGUCAAUUUUUCUUAAUAAUAGAGGUGAUCCCGUUAGGCGUAAUAAAAUUGGUGAUUGGUGGCAAACACUUGCAAAUAAUCCUAAUGACUGGGAGGUUAUAUCUUCAGAGAAUUGGAUGCCAAUACCUAAUAUUGUUUUUAAGGGGGAAAAUUUAUUACAAGGUCAAGAUACAGUAGUUGUUAAAUUUCCUGAACCACUUGUCGAUAACGAUUAUCAUAUUGUUGGAAAUGUU